AGAAGGCUGGUUGUUUUGCACUUGUGUCAAAAUAGCAUAUUCGAAGAUGGGAUAAUUAACGCGGUACACCCGCUUUCUCAUGUCUUGUGUCACAUUAACCUCCUCUUCCCCUUUGGUCAUUUUUUCAGCCCCCUCUUCUUUUUUUUAUUUUAUUUUUAUUUUCUGUUUCCUCUUUCGCCUUCUUUUCCUUACUUUUAUUCUUUCUUUCCUCGGGUCUUGUUAGCCUUCCACCUUCCCUUCGUCAUGAAAUUCUCCCUUGCUGCCACCUCUGCCCUCUUAUUGACUGCUUUCGCCACGCUCGCCAAAGCAGACGAAUACGCCGAUGCCAUGAAAGAGUGGUGUGAUGGUUUGACUGUCACCAAGCCCGAUGAUCAAGCCAUGAUUGCUGCUGGGGCUGAAACCGAUGUCACCGUCACCCGAGUCCCUAACGACCAUCAAAAGACCAUUACCGGCCUUGAUUUAUACUCUGUAGAUCAAAACGGCAAAGCCAAAUACAUCAAGAACGUGUGGCAUGGAUCGUACGAACUCAACCAACAGUCUACUAUCAAGGACACUAUCCCCAGCAAUGCCACCGCAGGUCUUUACUACUACCGUGUCUGGGUUACCAAUCAAAUUAACGGCAUGCACGGUCCUGAUUGUCUGGAAACUUCACAUACGUUCAGAGUAUCGACCGCUUCGCAUCAGAAUGCUGACGGUUCGAUGUACUACGCCGAAGAUCCCGACGAUGUUACCUUUUAUCAUCCCGAACAUUUCAAGGGCUGUUUCGGCCUUUCUGUUGAAUAUCCUCAAGAAGGCGCUACCGUGAAGACAGGCGAGCACGUCCGUAUCAGUGUCAACCGUGACUCCGCAUCACAAACCGAGUCAUUGCUCAAGGUCGAUCUGUACAAAUCUACUGAAGCCAACAAGGCUGAAUACAUUGACACUGUCUGGGAAGGAAAGGAACGUUUCGUUGACGCCUUCACUCUCAAAGAUCAUCUUUCCAUUCCCGAUGGCCAGUAUGAUGCUGAUGCUACCUACUAUUACACUCUUGAGGUUACAUCAAACAAGGUCCAGGAUGAAACUUGUACCUUCCAUUCCCAAGGUUUCAAGGUCCAGAAGAACUAAAUCCAGUUGCUCUGUUAUCUUUGUUCCUUCCCUUUUAACCUCAUGAUCAGUAGCAAAAACAAACCCAAAAAAUACCACAACUUUUGACCAGUGUUUUUCUUUCCUCCUUUUCUCUUCUAUUUUUUUUUUCCUUUUUGUCGUAUUUUCUCCUGAAUUCUUCUCUUGUAUUUCGUAUCAUUAAAUGAUGUAUGCACCCACAAAAAAGAAAGCCACUUUAGAAUCCACGUCGCCCAAAAAGCAAUGCAACGAUUCUAACCCUACAGUCACCCGAAAAGAAAAAAUUGCCAUGCUGGCUUACUUUUUUUUCCUGGAAUUAGCCUUGGCCUCUUUUUGAUUGAAUAAAAGUCUUCAAAAUUAUUGAGCUGUGAA